GGCUGGUCGUGUGAGUUCAGGCGGGUCGGGUUCGUGCUGGAAACUCCAGGUCCCGGCGGCUGCCGAGCCCAGAGGCAGAGGGAGAGCGAGAGGCUCCUGCGCCAGCUGCCCCGCCGCGGGUGCGCACCAUGGAAGUGCAGUGAGGGAGCUCAGGAGCAAACUUCGCUUCCCCAGGCUCGGAAAGUUCCCUAUGUGCCCCGCUCCUGCGCCAACAUGAAAGACGACUUUGCAGAAGAGGAGGAGGUGCAGUCCUUCGGUUACAAGAGAUUUGGUAUUCAAGAGGGGACUCAAUGUACCAAAUGUAAAAAUAACUGGGCACUGAAGUUCUCCAUCAUAUUACUAUAUAUUUUGUGUGCCUUGCUAACAAUAACUGUAGCCAUUCUGGGAUACAAAGUUGUAGAAAAAAUGGACAACGUUACAGGUGGCAUGGAGACAUCCCACAGAAGAUACACUGAGAAACUCUCAGAAGUGGAGAGUGGCCUGAAGAAAUUAGAUGACCAAACUGGACAAAAAGAUAUGAGCACUAACAAAGAACUUUCUAGCUUCAGAUCUGACAUUCUGGCUCUUCGCCAGCAGCUUCAGGAGAUUGCAGAGAAAACCACCAAAAACAAGGAUACACUGGAGAAGCUACAAGAUUCUGGAAAUGUAUUAGAUGACAGGCAGAGCCAAAUGAAAGGUGUCUUGGAUAGCAACUCUUUCAUGAUCAUCAGCGUCAAUAAAACUCUCCAAGCAUACACUGGCUAUAUCAACAAUCUCCAGCAAGACACAAGUAAUAUCCAAACAAAUUUGCAAAGCCAAAUGCAUUCUCAUAAUGUGGUCAUCAUGAAUCUAAACAACUUAAAUCUGACACAAGUUCAGCAAAGAAAUCUUAUCAGUGUUUUGCAGAGGUCUGUGGAUGAUACAAGUCAGGCUAUCCAAAGAAUCAAGAAUGACUUUCAAAAUCUGCAACAGGUUGUCCUUCAAGCACGAAAGGACACUGAUUGGCUUAAGGAGAAAGUGCAGAAUUUACAGAUGUUAGCAGUCAACAACUCAGCUUUGGCCAAAGCUAAUAAUGAUACACUUGAAGACAUGAACAGUCAACUUAGCUCAUUCAGUGGGCAAAUGGAGAACAUCACCACAGUUGCACAAGCCAAUGAACAAAAUCUUAAGGAUCUGCAGGAGCAUCAUAAAGGUUAUGAGAACAGAACUUCUGCCAAGUUUAACCAGCUAGAAGAGCGCUUUCAGCUCUUUGAGACAGAUAUAGUCAAUAUCAUUAGCAACAUCAGCUAUACUGCGCAUCACCUACGGACACUGACUAGCAAUCUCAAUGAGGUCAGGACAACUUGUACAGACACCUUAAGUAAACACACAGAUGACCUGACUUUUAUGAACAACACACUAGCCAAUAUUCGUUUAGAUUCUACAUCUCUCAGGAUGCAACAGGAUGUGAUGAGAUCAAGAUUAGAUAUUGAAGUUGCAAAUUUAUCACUAAUUAUGGAAGAAAUGAAGAUGGUAGAUUCCAAACAUGGCCAGCUCAUCAAGAACUUCACAAUACUGCAAGGCCCUCCAGGUCCAAGGGGACCUAAAGGUGAGAGGGGACCCCAAGGGCCUUUUGGUCUCACUGGCCUAAAAGGGCAAAAAGGAGAAAAAGGUGAGCCAGGGCCACCAGGACCUGCUGGUGAAAAGGGCCCAGUUGGGCCAAUCGGGCCACCAGGAGAAAAAGGUGGGAAAGGUUCAAGAGGAUCACCUGGCUCCAAAGGUCAGAGAGGUUCUACUGGCAAGACUGGUCUGCCAGGACCUAAUGGAGACCCUGGACCACCAGGACCACCUGGCAAAGAUGGUCCUCCAGGUCCACCAGGUCCACCUGGAUUUCAAGGAUUGCAAGGAACUGUUGGCGAGCCUGGGGUACCUGGACCUCGAGGAUUGCCUGGUCUGCCUGGCAUACCAGGGCUGCCUGGGCCACCUGGGCCGCCUGGGCCACCAGGUCCAGGGAUGCCUCUAGCACUGAAAAGUGAGCCAACAUCAAUACCUGAGGCUAACGGUUGUUCUGCUCAUUGGAAGAACUUUACAGAAAAAUGCUACUACUUUUCAUCUGAAAGAGAAGUUUUUGAAGAUGCAAAAGUUUUCUGUGACGAGAAGUCCUCACAUCUGGUUAUCAUAAACAAUAAAGAGGAGCAGCAAUGGAUAAAAAGACAGAUUGCUGGGAAAGGCAACUUCUGGAUUGGGCUCACAGAUUCAGAGCAAGAGAAUGAGUGGAGAUGGCUGGAUGGAACCUUACCAGAGUACACAAACUGGAAAAGUGGGCAGCCUGAUAACUGGAGUACUGGGCAAGGGCCAGGGGAAGAUUGUGCUGGAUUAAUCUCUGCUGGGCUCUGGAAUGACUUUCAAUGUGAAGAUGUUAACAGUUUUAUUUGUGAAAAAGACAUGGACAAAGCCUAGACACCUGGAUUGUAAUAGGCUGUGAAUUUACAGACACAAAUACAAAUUACUAAAAAAUCCUAUGGGACUUCAUCAUCUCCUAACAAAAUUGAAAAGGAAGCACUGAAAACUGGUUUAAUGCAAAAAAAAGAAUUCAGCCGCAACUCAUCUUUGCCAUCUUGUGAUUAUUCAAGGAUUCUGGACCCACGGCACAAUGCAUUUAUUGGAAAUGCAAUUGGACUGAAUCAGUUACAUUUUUUUGUCAACCAGUGACCAUACAAGUGUACAAGUUUUGUCUUCAAAAACAUGAAAUAUAGCAGUCUGAGUAAGACUCUUGGUCAUUGAGCUAUAGGAAAUACUUAUAAAGCUACAGUGUAAACAGUACAUUUCAUUUGCUAAAAUCCCAAAUAUAGGAAAAUUAUACAGAUACACACAUAUAGUAUAUAGAUUUUAUAUAAAUAUAUAUAUAGUCAAGUUGUUAUCAAUAAUAUGGAAUAUACUUUUAAGAGCUUUUAAAACUUUGUAUUUUUGUACAAAAUAUUUGCUUUUUACAUUCUUUUUUUAUUGUCUUUUUUUUUUUUAACAAAUAUAGUGCACAGGGGCCAAAGAAAACAGUAAAGGUACUAAUAAUAAUUCAGGCUGUUGUCAGACUUAGCUCUGCUCAGCUAUAGAAAAAUAUUUUCCAGUUUAAAAAAAAGUUUUUUUCCCAGAUGAACCACUCUGAUUAAAUAACUUUUAAGCUGAUUUUUAUGCAAGUCUACUCUGUGUGAGCAACAGCUAAGUAGAUCAGGGACUAGAUAUUCAUGAUAGCCAUAAUCACAGUCAGUGAACCAUCAAUGUACUGCUGUACUAUAUGGGUCGUGUUAACACAAGACACUGUGAUGUCUGCCUUACUUCCCUCCCUCCUUCUCUGUCUACAGAAAAAUAUCACAGAAUUAAGUUGCUAGCUUUUUUAAAUGUUUUAAUGAUUCCUCUGUUACAAAGCAGUUUUUAGGAGCUCUGCCAUAACAGGUGCUGCUUACUACUGAAAGUCAAACUAAGAAGACAUUAAAAGACAUUUAUAAAACAGAAACAAAGAAUUUGAGCAUACUGAAAUGUGGUGGGGUUUUUAAAGCUGGAUUUUAAAACGUGGUAAUAAAACAUGAUGUAUUCUAAAAGGUCAAGUCAACCUGCAUUUCUCUAAAAUGUUUUAAUAUAAAUUAAUCUUGUGACUUCCUUGGCCCAAUCUUCCCCUGCCAAAAAACUAGCAAAAUUAAGUAUGCCACCACCAGAAUUUAGUAUGGUUAAUGGAUGAUAUCACUGUCCAACCCACUUCCUCCAUAUCCCUAAAGAGCUGUUGCCUAGACAGCAGCAGCACAGCCUAUCUUAAACAAUAAAAAAAAAUAAGCAAACAGUUAAAGUUUAUUAGCAGAAUCCAUGUGAUUUGGUUUCUAUUUUGUGUAUUCUCUGAGGCCACAUGCUACACCAUCUACAUGUCCUUUUGUACCCUUUUGGAAGAGAGUUGUGUUUUUACUGCCUCGUGACCUCCAGUUUACCUUGGCUGAGUAUGGAUAGGCCUGUUGAAAUACUCCAGCUCUGCUGGAAGGAGACAAGAUUUUGUACUUCAUAUUUUCAGGCAUUGCUUAUAAGUGUAACCAAUUAAAGUUCCUUGCCUUACUGGCUCCCAGGGCCUAAAUUCCAUAUUCUCUCCAAAGUUCAUCCUCCUCUUUCUUAAUGUCAAUUAUAAUUUAUUCCCAGAAACUACCUGGAAAGUGAAAUGCAGAAAUCCAUAGAGAACAUAAUGGGUAUGAAAAAUGAACAUAACAGCACAAUCCACAAACACAGUUAAUAAUGAAAAGCCAUUUCAGAGGCAAUGCUUUUCCUAGAACAAGUUAGAUUACCUGAGGAAUUUUCUUUUUGUCAUGUAUUGAAUAACAAUCAGAUGAUCUAUGAAUAUUAUAUGGUACCUAUAUAUACAAAAAUGUAUAAAUAUAUAGUAGUGCUAUGUUUAUAUAUUUAUACAAUAGCUCUGGUGAUAACAUUAGCACAGUAUCUUUUUCAUAUCUCCAUCAUACUGUCUGGAACAGGUAGGCUUCAUUCUGACCUCACAUCAGUAUAACUCUACUGAUUUAAGUGGAGUUGCUCCUGAUUUCCACUGGUGUGACUGAGACACAAAUUGGGCUCAUAGCUAUACAAGUCCAAGGCAGAGCUGUGACUAGAACCCAAAUCUCUUAGCACAGGACUGGGAGACUUUACCGCAAGACCAUCUUUCAUCUCCUGUGGCAGUGGACAUAUGGCAUUCUUUUUGAAAAGAUGGAUUUUUCCCCAUGACACGUGUGUUACAGUGCUCAUCAAAUGAAAAUACAUUUCAGUAAAUGAUCCUCCCAUGACCAAUUUUCUUCCAUUCAGGGACAUUUCCCAUUCACAGACUACCAGCAGCUUAGAAUAGUGAGUUGAGCCAGUUUAAGGCUGUAAAAUGUUGUUGAAUAAUAACUAUUAUAUGAAGAAUUUAGAUGGAGAUUGCAUUCAGUGGUGUUUCUCAUUACCCACUCCUGAGUCAGAGAUACAAUAGGCCUGAUUCUCAAUUAUCCUGGCCCACAUCCUCAAACAUAUUUAGCACCUAACUUGCAUUGAGUUCAAAGGGAAUUAGAUACCUAAAUGCCUUUGAGGAUCUGGGUCUCUGUGCCUAUGCUUGGAGCAGAAAUGGAUUCAGUGGGUGACGUUAAGUAGAUGCCCUCUGCAUGCACAACUUAGACAACCAUCUUUGAAAACUUGGCCUGCAGAGUGCAGGCGAGCUAAGACAGAUUCAUAAAGCAAAUACCCUUUUGUCCAUCUUAGCCAGCAUUCAUAUAAGAGAGAAAGGGAAAUGUGAAGUGGAAAAAGAAGACUGAAGUCUCAAAAGGAGUGCGGCAGUCACCAGUACAGGUCAGAAAACUGUCAUGAUAGGGAGGGCAAUUGGCAAGAGUGCAGACUGGAUGCCAUGAGAGGCCAAGAGAUUGCCAUGGAAGUCAGAGUUGCCAUGUGAGGUCUGGUAAAUUUCAUGUAAAUCCAUCUUCUCUAUGGCUUGAAUGACAGCACAAGUUGUGCAGAAAGUUACUUUUGCAUGAGAAAAUUAUUUUGUCCUCUUCUAGCAAUGUAUGGGUAAGCUACAUCCAGCUAAAACGGAACUGGCUGUAUUCUCUUGACAUACUGAAUGUACAUUUCCAUUUUUUUUUAAAUUUAACAUAAAAACUAAAUGUUAUUUCAUUGAUAGUAUAACUACCCUUAAUAAUUAAGUGGCUGGCAUUGUAGAUGUUAUGGGGAAAAAAGUUGUGCCUUACAGCAUCAUCAAAUGCUAGAUUUUUUAAAAACUCUCUUUUGCUCAUAUCACUGAUUUGUUAUGAAUUGUUUUCAGCUGAUUAGAACUUUUCACAUCCCUUCAAUUUUCCAUAAAUAUCAUCUGAAAUUGUUCCAAUGAAAGAAGCACUAAGUGGGAGACACUAAAGUAAGUAUUGCACAUUCUGUGCAUACACAUAUAGCAAAGUUGGCAGUUGUGCAUAUGGGUACGUACAAAUUGUCAGAAAUAUUGCAUAUGUAUUAAAAGCCAACUUAAAUGAAAGAAUAGUUCUUCCAAAUAAAAAUUCUCCUCUUACACCACAGUACAAUUACUCCUUAUUUACACUGCUGUAAGGUAGAUCAUAAUCAAGCAGAUGGUAUCUCUAAACACUAUUAUCUAUUUUAUCUAGUGACUUGAAUUUUUAAUUCUCUGUUCCUGCAGUAUAUAGCUGCUAGAAAUGUGUCAUUUAAAAGGUUAAGAGAAAAAACAUACAACUCAUCUUCAUAAAGCCUUACAAGGGAACUCGGAACUGGGAAAAGGGAUCCAGGAUAAAAUAUCUGCUGGCUUUAAUGAGGCAGGCCCCGAACCCAAGUAAGCUAUAGUUCAGUCUAGUUUCACUGUACUGUUUAAACAGAUAUGCCUGUUCCAACCUUGCUAUUUUCCUAGAUAUCAAAUGGCUCAGCUGUUCUAAUUUUUCUUUUCACUAGAUACCUCUUUUGGUUUUAACAAGUGGUAAGAAUUAGUCUUUGAUUUUAUUAAUGGAAUUAUGAUAAGCUGCCUGGAGCAUGGUGCCAAGCAAAGGAAUCUGGUUAGCUAGAAUGGAGGCAAAGCCAUCUGGGAGAUCUAGUUUGUUAAGAAUAUAUGAUUAAACAAAAAUGUUCAGCCCUAUUAAAGCACCUUAGUUGAAAAUCACAAAGGUCUCAGCCAAAGUCAGCAUGUAAAAUACAAAAGAAAUGGAAUUUCUCCAUCCUUAGUCCAUAGAUUUCCUUCUCCUUUUCUUUCUCCUCUUUGUUUAUAUUCCCACUUGGAGGAGAAGUUGUUACUAUUCCCCCAUUGACAUCAGAAUAUGGAUUUGGAAACUGAUCUCCCCCCACCACACACACACACCUUUCUGACUUCCUGGCUGAGCCUUUUGGUGAUGGUAAUACUGAUAUCACUUACUCUGUCUAGUACUUGACACUUUCAAAGUAAUGUACAUACAUAAAUUAAAAGAAAGUCACAGCCAGCUGACAGUAAAGGCCCAGCUGGAACAUUAUUACCAGAAGAAUAUGUAAAGAGAAUUAGAAUUGACUAUGUCUUGGGCUAACUUUCUAGAGAACAGCUCCUCAUUUACUGUGUCUCACUGUGUAAGGCUGCUCUGCAGCAGAUGGGACUUCUUAGGAACUACCAGUCCACCUGGCAAUUCAUUGCCUCACUUAAGUUCCCCCUCACUUGUUUGACGGCAUCUAAAAUAAAGAAACCCUGUUUUGGAAAAAAAAUAUUCUAAUUUGUUUUUUUUCUAGGAACCAAUAUUUUUCUGUCUCAGUGAUGAAGAUAAAAUUUUUGUUUGUUUUUCAAAAUAAACUAUGGUUAAUGCUCCAAAA